AUGGUCUUCGACUUCUUCGACCCGCCCGCGCGGGCAGCGGAUUGGAGGGUGGAAGCCUGGGGAGUGCUGAGCUCCUCGGAAAGGAAGCGCAUGGAAGCGAGAAAGCUGUUGGAUGAGGCAAUCAACUGCGUGGCAGAGGCUUUUGGGAACAGCUCGAGCUCGCCGCCGAAGGUGCUGGUUUUGGGCUGUGGUCUCUCACCCUUGGUUUUCACUUUGGCGGAUCGCCUGCCAUUCGUGAAGACGGGAUGUAUGGAGUUGUCACCGACCUUACUGGAGAGCCUCGAGGCCAUGGCAUGGUCAUUGCCGCGGCGGCCCCAGUUCUUCGUGCAGGCGGACAUUACGGACCUGCGACGAAGACGUGGUCGAGAUCACCAGGUGCUAAGUCCGGGGUCCUUUGACGUGCUGGUGGACGAGAAUGUCCUGGAUGGUUUGGCGUGUCGCUUCCCUGCGCAGCGAGGCCUUGAGUCCCUGCGCGAGGCGCGCGGGACGUCGGUGGAUUCGUUUCAGACUUGGUCUCCGUCCUUUUGA